AUGCGAAGUAAUGGUAUUAACAACAAUUACCAUAACGAUUUGAGCAUAUUUGCAGAAAGAAGUGACAAUAAAGGAUGUACAGGUGACAUCGAGCAGAGGCUAAUAAAUGGAGAGAAGUUCCUAAGUCAAAAUUAUCAAUGUGAGAAGCCAGAAAAUUUUAAAGAUUAUAUAAGCUUAAAAACGAACCAGUUUAGGGAGUACAUAAUGCACCUCUUCAAAUCGAAUAAUGGCGUUGCGUCCAAUGAUUUCUACAAAGUACUUUUUGACUGCGCCAAGGUGUCAUCGGCAAAACCGUAUUUAAUAGAUAUAUGUGUAAAUAAAUAUUUGAAAAAACAUAACAUUGACUUUUCUCCGACAUGCUUGAGCUGCUUUUCCUCCUUCAUCGGAUGCUCCUUUAUUUCGUGCAACAAACAGUGCGCAAAGGACCAGUGCAAUGACGAUUGCAAAGCGUGCAGCGAGAAAAACUGCUUCAGAACUUUGUUAAACUGUACCAAGCUGGACGCCUUGCCCGACCCGUGUAAGUAG